GGGUUGCAGAAACGAGUAAACGUAUUUAAUUUUCACAACCUCCCCAUUAUUCUUUACUUUCCUCCUCUGCUUUCUAAAAAAAGGAGAAAAGCAAAUAACUUCAACUUGUAAAUGGGUUCUUCUCAGAAACCCUAGAAUCCCAUCAUCAAACACCCACCAGAUUCCUAGAUUCAGCUCUUGCCCAGUUCGGCCAUGGCCGCUUUCUUCAUCUCCGCAUGUUUUAUUGCUCUUAAUUUCCUCAUUUUUCACCCCGAAAUGUUGUCUGCUUACUCAAAUUCCUCUUUUACUUUCGAAAGCUUUGACAAAAAUUCUAACUUUGAGUACUUCUUUGCUCUUUAUGGUGAUGCAUAUGCUGUUAAUAAUGAGUCUACGCUUCAACUUACUCGCUCAGUGAGUUCCAGUGCUGGACGAGUCAUGUACAAGAAACCCAUCAAGCUUGUUGAAGGUAAACCUGUGAAUUUGAUCUCUUUCUCCACUCAGUUCUCGUUUUCGAUGUCUCCUGAUAAUGGGGAUGGCUUGGCUUUUAUUAUGGUUUCCGAUGCUUUUAAUGCCAGUUCUUUUGAUAAUAUCCCAUUUGGGCUUUCUUUAAGAUCAAAGGAGAGUAAUUCUGAACUUCUUGUUGAAUUUGAUACAAAGAGGGAUACUAAGUAUGGUGAUUUGAAUGACAACCAUGUGGGAAUUAAUGUGGGUGGUUUACUAUCAGUCGAAGUGAAAAAUGCUUCAUCUGCUAAUAUUGUGUUGAAUGAUGGGAAGAGAUUGAGUUCUUGGAUUGAUUAUGAAGCGAGUUCCAAGAGGUUAGAGGUUAGAUUAAGUCGAUUUGGUGAUAUAAAACCCACUGAUCCAUUGCUGUCUUACCCAAUUGACCUGCCAAAAUUGUGGAAAGAUGAUAAAAUUUUUAUUGGCCUGAGCUCAUCCAAUGGGAAUUCCUCUCAGGCAUGUUUUAUCCAUUCAUGGAGCUUUGAGCUAAGGCAUGUUCCUCAGUGGAUGCAUUCUGAGCCACUAGAUCCUCAGGAAUUUGCUAAAACUGAGAAACCUGUGGUAGUUCACAAGCGGAGUGCUUGUGUUUUGAGAGUUCUUGCUGCAAUGAUGUUUGGUACUGCAUGUGGAGCACUAGGUGCUUUCAUUGUGUUGUAUCUGUGGACCAUCUUUGGCAAUAGGCGACCUGUAGUGCCAGAGGAGUGCUGUGUCGAGUCGGUGGAUUUUGAAUACAAGAAAUUCAAAGUAGUUGUAGAGAAAGCCGUCGAAGAUGGCAAGCAGUAGACCUGUGUGUGGUGAGAUUUUAGAUGUUCUGUGUUGUAAAUUCAUGUUCUUUUUGUGUUGAACUUGCAGGUUUGAUGUGGUGAUGUAACUGAUGAUCAAUUGUUCAAAUGUAGGUUUUGUCAUAUAUUGUCUAAUGAUCUGAGCAUUAGAAUGUUAGAUUUCAUUCUUGUUUUUAUA